GUUCAUUCCUUGACGUGAAAGAUGGGAGGGCUGUGUGUGCCCGGUGGGGAGCCGCAGCCCAGGUAGGGCAGUGGAACCCAGUGUCUGUGUCCAAGCACUAAGAUAGGAUACCCGAGCUGUCACUCAAAGAACUCCCUAGGAACGGAGGGCAGCACCUGGUUGUCUGGUAACCCCAGGAGCUCUGAGCUAAGAGGGGAGGUAACCCAAGCCAGAGGAUCCAUUCCAGAAAGCCAGCCGCAGACAAGGAAGCAGGUGAGGCGUCCUGCAGCCGGGGCCCCAAGACCGGAUGGAGGUAGCCUGAACGCCCGGGAUUGAGGGCCUGGAAGAGCAGGGUUUCUGGGUGUUCUCUGAAGCAGGGGGGAUGUCUUUUUAAAAGGAAUGCAUCACCUCUGCCUGGCUCUCCCCAAAACAGAGGGGAAAGAGAAGAAAAGGGGAGGAGCCAAGAACCCAGCGCUCCGGGCUUUCCCCGCCUUUUCCUGCCUCCUGGGAGGAGAGCUGGUGAAAGGCUUUGCCUUCCGAGGGGAAGGAUUCUAACCGGAUACACGCGCUGAAUGGAUUCGGUUUAAGAGGACCCUGGAGACCAGGGCAGGAUGUCGGGGGGACCGGAACCGGCCAGGAGACAGAAAGCUGAGGACCCUCGGGGAGACAAAGGGAGGGGCUGGCCAUGGAAAGGCAGCACCCCCUGGAGGCUGGCUCCCUGCCAGUCCAGUCCCCAGGCCGGCUCAGGCAGGAGUCCUCUGAGCACUGGCCUGCCCUGGACUCUGUGUGGAGAGGAGCCAGCAGGCACGAGAUAGGAGUGGGGGCGGGGCAGGCAGAGGCACAGAGAAGCAGGGGAAGGAGAGGCUGUUCCUCCACUGGCUCACUGUUGACUGCUGUGAACUGUAUGUAACAGCAGGUGCACGCUAAUGCUUCCAAAUUUUAAAAUCAAUCAGUUACACUUACCUUGAAUGUAAUGAAAAGUUCUGGGCGGGGAGGGUGGAUGGUGGUGAUGGGUGCACAGCAGCGGAAGCGUACUUAACGCUACAGAACUGAACCCCUAAAAAGGGUUAAAAUGGGGGGGCUGGUGUUUGUUUGACACAGUGUUGCCACUUAGGACGUGUACAUCCCAAAUCAGAGUGCCUGGGUUAACAAUUUGUUUUAUUUUAUUGGAAAGGUAAAGAAACACACACAGAGGAGAGGGAGAGGGAGGGGGAGAGAGAGAUUGCUUUCCUGUCUGCUGGUUCAUUUCCCAAACGCCUAUAACAGCUGGGGUGAGUGAGUUCAAUGGUGGCAGCCAGGAACUCAGUCCUUGUCUCCCACGUAGGUAGCAAAGCCCCAGCUACUUGAACCACCAUCUGCACCUCCCAGGGUGUGCAUGAGCAGGAAGCUAGAAUCCAGACCAGAGCUGACUCAAACCCAACCAUUCUGCUAUGGGAUGUGUGCGUCCCAACCGCUGUGCCAAGUGCUGCCCACGUCAGCCAUUCUUAGGCGUGCAGUCCUGUCAGGAGCAGGGUGGGGCUGAACUGCUCUCCAGGGAGGCUGGCUGCUCUGGGGCAGCCAAGGCCAACAGACCCAGGCCUCUCUUCCCCAUUGUCAGUCCCAUGUCUUCUCCCAGCCCUGAGGAUGCCCCACCAGAGCCUGAGCUUGGUUCCGCAAGCUGCAAGAGGAAAAAGAAGACGACACGGUCACAGCAGGAGGCCGGCAUCCAAGCCCUCACCAGAGCUGGCCAUGCAGCUCUACGAGCCGGCCAGAGCCAUGAGGCCUUGGCUAGCUUCCAGAAGGCCUUCCUCCUGGCCUCUGAGGCCCCACGGACCAGGGACACCUCCGUGCUCCGAGCUUGUGCCUGCAACCUGGGAGCCGCCUACGUGGAGACUGGGGACCCAGCCAGAGGCCUUGAGCUGCUCCUGCGGGCCCAGCCCGAGGAGAAGGCGCAGGGCAGGCCUCACGGAGACCACUGUUUCAAUGUGGCUUUGGCCUACCAUGCCCUGGGCAACCUGACUCAAGCUCUGGCCUGGUACCGCAGGGCUCUGGGCCACUACCAGCCCCAGGGGGACCAGGGGGACGCCCAGGCAAAAAUGGGAGCCUGCUACCAGGCCCUGGGACAGCCUGAGCUGGCAGCCCACUGCCUGCAGGAAGCAAGCCGGGCCUACUCCCAAGCAAAGCGGCCCCGGGCCGCAGCCCUAGCACUGGGGGCUGCAGCAGAGUGUAUGCUGGAGAGCGGGCGGCACGGGGUGGGUGAGGUGCUACAGGUGCUGGAGGAGAGCCGGAAGCUUGCCAACAGGAGCGCAGAUCGGGCACAGCUGGGAUGGCUGUAUAACGACCUAGGCCUGGGCUACUCCCGGCUGCAGCUGUUCCCUAUGGCCGUGGAGGCUUUCGGGCAGGCGCUGCCUCUGUGCCAGGACCCCCGGGAGCAGGCCACGGUACUGGGAAACCUCGGGGUAGCCCACAACGCCCUUGGCAACUAUGCGGAAGCCCAGGCAUUUCACCGUGCCGCCGCCAGCCUACAUGGCGCUGCUGGGCAACGGUGGGAGCAGGGCCGGAGCUUUGGCAGCCUGGCGUUUGCGCUGAGCCAGCUGGGGGACCACGAGGCCGCCAGAGACAGCUACCUGCACGCCCUGCAGGCCGCUUGUGACUCCGGGGACACGAAGGGGCAGUGGCAGGCCUGCGAGGGUCUGGGGGCUGCGGCAGCCAGACUGGGGCAGUAUGACCAGGCCUUGACGUACUACAAGGAGGCGCUGGCCCAGUGUCAGGAGGAGUCAGAUUCUGUGCGACAACGGCUGGUGGCCAAGCUGGCAGACGCCAUGAGGACCCACUCGGCCCAGAGAAGGCCCCAGGCUCCAGGAGGGGCCUGCCAGGCAGGGACCCCAGCCAGGGUGAGGAGCAGCACAGCAGGUGCACAGCCCAGGUGGGAAGAGGAAGAGUGUGAGGAAGGCCAGGAGGAGAAAGACCCAGAGGGACUGGUGAAUCAGCCCACAGCGUCCAGGCCUCGGAGACUGGAGCGCGCAGGACCUGGGGCCCGUCUUCCCGCCCGAGUGGACCACCCUGGCAUCCUGGUACCCAGUGGCCCCCAAGCCAAUAGCAACCUGAACAACCCUCGCCCAGCUCUGCAGGCCCGAGGUGUUCCCUGCCUCCUGCGUGGCCUCGGAGAGAGGGCGAAGCCUGCAGAAUGGGGGGAUGUGAAGUUUAAGUCCACUCCCUCCUGCCCCGGAGCCCGCCAGCUUAGGUCGUCCCAGUGGCCCAGGGGACCCCAGAGGAGACCCCCCCAGUCUGGCUUCUGCACGAUCACGUGACCCGCACCCAGCAUGCUGGCUGCAGUCUUCACCCCCGCAGCUCCCCCUAGCGCUGCAGCGCCGCAGGUUAAGCUGCCGCCUGCGACACCGGCAUCCGGCAUCGAGCAUCGGCUGGAGUCCCGGCUGCGCUGCUUCCAAGCCAGCUCCCUGCAUUUGCUGGGGCAGUCCAGUACGGAACGACCCGAGUGCAGACUCCCAGGUCAGGCAGCCCGGAGCCCAGCUCCUCCGACACCUGUCGCUUCGCUGCACCGUGGGCAUGUUGUUUGACAUCUCUGAGCUUCAGCCUUCUCACCUGUGAAAUGGGAAAUACUAGGGUUGCUGUGAGAAUGGAAUGUUUCAUGUUAAUAUCUGGCACAUGUGUUCAAAAAUGUUGUCCAUGUCAUAAAAACAUGCUUCACAUUGUGUAUAACUAAUGAAUCUUCAUGAGGCCAGUGCUGUGGUACAGUGGGCAAAGCCAUCCCCUGCAAUGCUGGCAUCCCAGAGGAGCACAGGUUCAAGUCCCAGCUCCUCCACAUCUUUUUUUUUUUUUUUUUGACAGGCAGAGUGGACAGUGAGAGAGACAGAGAGAAAGGUCUUCCUUUGCCGUUGGUUCACCCCCCAAUGGCCACGGCGGCCAGCGUGCUGUGGCCAGCACACUGCGCCAAUCCGAAGCCAGGAGCCAGGUGCCUCUCCUGGUCUCCCAAGCAGGUACAGGGCCCAAGGACCUGGGCCAUCCUCCACUGCACUCCUGGGCCACAGCAGAGAGCUGGACUGGAAGAGGGGCAACUGGGACAGAAUCCAGCGCCCCGACCGGGACCAGAACCCGGGGUGCUGGUGCCGCAGGCAGAGGAUUAGCUAUUGAGCUGUGGCGCCGGCCUCCUCCACUUCUGAUCUCAUUCCCAGCAGAUGUCUUAAGUCCUUGGGCCCCUGCCAUCCAUGUGGGAGACCUGGAUGGAACUCCUGGCUCCUGGCUUUGGCCUGGCCAGUGCUGACUGUUGUAGCCAUUUGGGAAGUGAACCAGCAGGUGGAAGAUCUCUCUCUCUCUCUCUGUCUCUCCCUCUCUCUUGGUCACUCUGCCUUCCAAAUAAAUAAAUCUUAUGGGAUCUUCUGUCCACACCUUUUGACCAAAAGUGGACCCUACUAAGAAAACCUAAGUUUGGGAAACACACUUAAGAUGUCUUUGUAGAGCACCAAAACUUCCCGAGGAGCUGGCAGGAAAACGGGGCCUGAAGGCGUGUCCACGCAGCAGAGCGGGGAGGCUGCUCCCCGGGCUCCUCGCAGGGUCCCCAUGCCGACACCUUGGCACAGUAGCCGCGCUGUGCAUCCUGGGCAUUAGAAUCUCUGGCAGAGCUGUCUCAGCCGCCUCCUGUUAGCCACGAGCUGGGGGCCCUCGGAAAACCAGAGCCCAUGCCCUCCCCUGCUGUCUCUAGCGAACCUCGGGGCAUCUGGUUUCCAGUGCGGGAGGAGCCGCGUGGCCCCCGCUGCCUCCCCACGUCACACUGGACGGAGGAGGCUAGGCCUCCACCUGGUGUUCUCAACCCAUUCUUGUUCAAUCUUUGUUUUUAAUCAGCAGGACCCUGCCCCUACUUUUUUUAAAAAAAGGAUUUAUUUUAUUUAUUUGAAAGAGUUACAAAGAGAGGUAGAGCCAGAGAAGAGAGAGAGAGAGAGAGAGAGAGAGAGAGAGGUUUUCUACCUGCUGGUUCACUCCCCAAAUGGCUGCAAUGGCCAGAGCUAAGCUGAUCUGAAGCCAGGAGCCAGGAGCUUCUUCAGGGUCUCCCACGUGGGUGCAGGAGCCCAAGGACUUGGGCCAUCUUCUGCUGCUUUCCCAGGCCAUAGCAGAGAGCUGGAUCGGAAGUGGAGCAGCCAGGACCUGAACUGGUGCCCCUAUGGGAUGCCGGCACUGCAGGCUGGAGCUUUAACCCACUGCGCCAGCCCCCCACUUUUCUUUUUAAUGAUUUCUGUAGCUGAUCCGUCUGAACCGUGGCUAUUGUGCAUUCUUUGAAUAAUCACUUGUAAAAAGUGUCCGUGCUUGAAGCUAUUUGCUUUACUCAAGCUGAGGGGACUUUGUUGGUUUUGGGGUCUUGGCAGUGACUCCCAGAACAGAGCGGGGAAGAGCCCAGCACAGGCUUGGGUGCCAUGAUGGCUGCAGCCCGGUUUUAUGAUUCCGCUUUUAUGUGAUCCUUGAUAACAGUGACUAACAAUAUACAUUCCUCCUAAAUAAAAGAGAAUCUAAAAAAAAAAAAAAUCUUUAAAAAAAGAAAGCAUUGGAGACUCUUAACAGCCUCACUUAGGUAAGUAUUUCACAGACACAACAUCAAAGGCACAACACAUUUAAAAAAAUAAAUUCUUGGGGUCAGCGCUGUGGCAUAGCAGCUAAAGUCACCGCCUGCAGUGCUGGCAUCUCAUAUGGGUACCAGUUCAAGUCCCGGCUGCUCCAAUUCUGAUGUGGCUCCCUGCUAAUGUGCCUGGGAGAGCAGCAGAAGAUGGCCCAAGUCCUUGGGGCCCCGCACCUCAUGGGAGACCUGGAAGAAGCUCCUGGCUC